AGACCAGAAGAGAGAGAAAGAUACAGAUUCAGAUAUAUACAUACAUACACUUUUAGAGAGAGAAACAUAGAGAGAUUCACAUAUAUACACACACCAGAAACAAACUUUUCUAGAGAGAGAAACAAGAGGCAAAGGUGCAGCAUUUUUGGUCUCUACAUCACUCAGCAAUCUCUCCUUUAUUAAAGUGUCUCCGGUCUUCAUAUUGUCUCCUUCCACCUUUUCCGGCCGCUUGUUUUAAUAAUAUUUUAAUCUAUCGUUUUCCGUUUCAGUUUCCGGCGACCUUUGCCGGAAACCUAAGCCGCCGUAUAGUUUUCGGCGUUUUCACCGAGCUGAUUUACAGUGACUGAAAGCUCCGGUGAAUCUCCGGCUGUAGGACUCUCCGUUCGUCUGUUAUACGACGCCGUCGCGGUGAUUUUACUAUUUUAGGCGUUUCCUCCGAUCUAAUUUACAGGAGCUAAAAGCUCCGGUGAAUCUACGGCUUUAGGACUCCGUAAUCCGACGUCUUCAGUCGGUGAGUUUAGGCGUUUCUCCGAUAAAAUUUGCAGUAACUGAAAGCUCCGGUGAAUCUCUGGCGGUAGGACUCUCCGGUUGUUUGUAAUACGACGUCGUUUGUCGGUGAUUUUAGGCGUUUUCUCCGAUCUGAUUUUCAGUAACUGAAUCUCCGGCGGUAGGACUCUCCGGUCGUGUGUAAUACGACGCCGUUCAUCAGUGAUUUUAGGCGUUUUCUUCGAACUGAUUUACAAUAACUGAAAGCUCCGAUGAAUCUCUGGCGGUAGAACGCUCAGGUUAUCCGUAAUACGACGCUGUUUUUCGGUGAUUUGAUUUGAACAACGAGCAAUGAAGAUAUCGGCGAACAGUUCCGGAUCGAGUUUAACAACUGCGAAUCCAGUUGAAGGUGGAGAGAAGAACCGGAUAAUCAAUCCGGAGCUAUGGCAGGCCUGUGCCGGACCUCUGGUCAACUUACCGGUGGCCGGUACACACGUCGUCUAUUUUCCUCAAGGCCAUAGCGAACAGGUUGCCGCAUCUAUGAAGAAGGAUGUGGAUGCUCAAAUUCCAAGCUAUCCAAAUCUUCAGUCAAAAUUGAUCUGCAUCCUUCAUAAAAUCACAUUACAUGCUGAUACAGAAACUGAUGAAGUAUAUGCUCAGAUGACACUCCAACCCGUUCCUUCGUUUGAUAGAGAAGCGGUAUUGAGGUCUGAUCUGUCAAUGAAGGCACUUAAGCCACAAACCGAGUUUUUUUGCAAAACUUUGACAGCAAGUGAUACUAGCACUCAUGGAGGUUUUUCCGUUCCUCGUCGAGCAGCUGAAAAAAUAUUCCCACCUCUUGAUUUUAAUAUGCAACCACCUGCACAAGAGCUUAUGGCCAGAGAUUUACAUGACAAUGUAUGGACGUUUCGCCAUAUCUAUCGUGGGCAACCUAAACGUCACUUGCUAACGACUGGCUGGAGUCUCUUUGUUAGCGGGAAGAGGCUUUUUGCAGGAGACUCGGUCUUGUUUAUACGGGAUGAAAAACAGCAGCUUCUAUUGGGUAUUAGACGAGCUAACCGACAACCAGCAAAUAUAUCAUCAUCAGUUUUGUCCAGUGACAGUAUGCAUAUUGGAGUAUUAGCUGCUGCUGCCCAUGCAGCUUCAAACAACAGCCCUUUCACUGUAUUUUAUAAUCCAAGGGCUAGCCCCUCAGAGUUUGUGAUUCCGUUAGCCAAGUACUACAAAGCAGUCUGCAGUAACCAAAUAUCUCUCGGCAUGCGCUUCCGGAUGAUGUUCGAGACGGAAGAAUCUGGAACAAGAAGGUAUAUGGGUACAAUUACUGGCAUCAGUGACCUGGAUGGUGUGAGAUGGAAGAACUCACAAUGGCGUAACCUACAGGUUGGUUGGGAUGAAGCAACAGCUGGCGAAAGGCGUAACCGUGUAUCGAUAUGGGAGAUUGAGCCCGUUACUGCUCCAUUUUUCAUGUGCCCGACCCCACCAUUUUACCCAGGAAAACGACCUAGACAACCGGGAAUGUUAGGUGAUGAUUCAGCGGAUUUCGACAAUAUAUUCAAGCGAACCAUGCCAUGGCUCGGUGAAGAUAUGUCCAUGAAGGAUCCGGGCCUGAGUUUAGCCCAAUGGAUGAACAUGCAGCAAAACCCGUCUUUGGUUAAUCAAAUCCAACCGGGGUAUUUGAACUCAUUGGCGGGUCCGGUUUUGCAAAACUAUGGCGGGGCACAAAUGCUUACUCAGAAUAACCUUCAGUUCAAUGGUCUUAAUGGUCAACGGUCAACAUCACAGCUUGAUCAGCUACAAAAGCUACCUCAACCUGCUACUACUACAAACCCGUUAGCCAUGAUGAUGCAGUCACAACAGUUGACUGAUCUGACCCAGCAAACGGUUAGGCAAAAUCUGUUGAAUCAAACAUUACCUCAGAACCAAGUUCAGUCACAGAUUCAAUCUCAAAAUAUUUUUCAACUUCAACAACAACAACAACUGCAACAACAGCAGCAACAAUUGCAACAACAACAGCAGCAGCAAUUGCAACAACAGCAGCAGCAGCAACAACUGCAACAACAACAGCAGCAACAUCAACUGCAACAACAACAACAGCAGCAACAUCAACAACAACAGCAACAACAUCAACUGCAACAACAGCUGCAAUUACAGCAGCAGCAGAUGAUGGUCAGUCAAAGUCAAAGUCAACAGAAAGUUUCAUUGCCGUCGCAAUUUCCCGAUCCGCAAUUUGGUCAAAAGCUACAGAUCCCAGAAAAUCAGUUUCAGCUUCUACAGAAGCUUCAACAACAGUCACUUUUAGCACAGCAAGUACAACAUCCCCAAGAUCAAACCUUUACAAGGUCAAUUUCAACCAGUCAAACGACGGAAACGCCCUCGCAAACACCCGUCACAUCACUACCUCAACAGAUGUCAAGAAACAAUAACGAACAAAAUUUCCGAUUUUCACAUCUUCCUCAACAACCAAAGCUUCAACAUGAGAUGUCAGGGCAGAUGACGGUGCCAACUAAUCAGCUCUCGACAAAUAGCAGUAGUUUAUUGACUGGAACCGGGAGUGAUGAUGUGCCGUCAUGUUCCACAUCACCUUCGACUAAUAACUGUCCAAAUGCGGGGCCCGCUAUGAUCAACAACCGAUCGUACCAGAGAACAACAACUGUGGCUGGUGAAGACAUGAUUCAGGCUUCUUCUACUCAUUUAAUGAAUACAAAUGGUUUGGAAACAAUAUCAGCAAACGAAAACUUUAGUAAAGAAUUGCAGCAAAAAGUUGAUGUGAAACCUUCGGUGAACGUUUCAAAGAUUCAAAAUCAAGGAUUUUUAGCUCCACGGACGUAUUUACAGAAUCUCGGUGGGCCCCAGAUGGAUUAUCUGGACAGCUCAUCAUCAGCUACCUCGGUUUGCAUUUCUCAAAACGACGUACAUUUGCAACCUCAUAACUCCAAUCACAUGUCGUUUAACUCACAACCAUUGCCGUUUAGAGAUACGGUUCAAGAUGAGGAAGCUCGAAAUGAUCCCAGGACGGAUAUUAAUCCAUUUGGGGUAAACAUGUCGUCGAUGAUUCCUGACCCUUUGAUCACAAAAGGAAUGAUGGGGUCUGAAAAUAAUAUCAGCUCAGGUGGAGGCUUGAUUUCGAGUUACGAAAACCCCGUUAAAGAAACUCAACCUGAACUCUCGUCUUCAAUGGUGUCUCAGUCGUUUGGAGUUCCUGAUAUGACUUUCAACUCCAUCGAUUCUACCAUAAAUGAUGACGCUUUGUUAAGUAACGGUGUAUGGGCCCCACCACCGCAACCGUUUCAGCGACUGCGGACGUAUACCAAGGUCUACAAACGAGGAGCAGUUGGAAGAUCAAUCGACAUUUCUGCAUAUUCAGGCUAUGAUGAACUUAAACAAGACCUGGCCCGAAGGUUUGGUAUCGAGGGUCAACUGGAAGAUCGACAAAGAGUUGGCUGGAAACUUGUCUAUGUGGAUCAUGAGAAUGAUGUUCUCCUUGUUGGGGAUGACCCUUGGGAAGAGUUUGUAAACUGCGUACGCUGCAUCAAAAUAUUGUCGCCGCAAGAAGUCCAGCAGAUGAGUUUGGAUGGAGAUUUUGGCGGGAAUAGUGUUCUACCAAAUCAAGCUUGUAGUAGCUCGGGUGGCGGACAAGUGUAAAAACCGUCUUUCCAAGUUUUAACCUCUUAAGAAGUUUGUUCAUACUAUCAUCGGCCGUUGGACUUUUACUAGAUUAGUCGGCCAUUGACCUGUGUUUGACCCGCGCUCCUAGUUUCUUGGAGCAUGGGUUAUAAUCCAUGAACGGGUCCACAAUCUAACGAGUGAUACAGGUAGUUGUUAAACUUGAUUAUGUCUCGACGCCAUGCUUUGUUGCGGGAAAUUUCUGUUUUUAUUAGUAUAGAAUCUCAUCAUCCAUUUGUACAAAAUCGAUGUGGUCUUGCUCACUCCUCUUCAAGCCUUUCCAUGAUUUCAUCAUAGAAUUAAUUAUAGGUUUAGUCAUGUCAUUGAUUUGAUACUUAUCAUAUCUCAAACUUAAAUUUGCAUGCAAUAUCUUGAAUUUUGCAUUU